AUGGCACCGGCGAUGGUGCAGAAAGAAGAUCGGACGGUUUCGACGAGCUGCGACGAGGGCGAAAAUCGAGACACGAGUCAGCGAUACAAGUCUCAUAUAACAACGCGCCCACUUCACGACGUGGCUCCAACCGAAUGUGUUUGCGGAGAAGUGACGUCUCAGAUCACGACAGCGCCGCAAUCACUAAAGAGCUCCAGGCCUCCAAACAGAGAAAAGCGCAAAAUCAAGGACACAUAG